AGUUACACCAAGACUUCCGCGUAGCUUGACGUAGCUUGAUUUCGCUGACGCUGGUUGCGUUAGACAGGUUAGCCCAGCCGUUGCUCCCGGUUGAAAGACCCAGCUAGCAGUUAGCAAACAUACCUUUCCAUCAGAAGGAGGAACACUCUCCUUCUUCGGUACUUCUGUUCAAAAUCUUGGAGAAACAGAGCCCUGGGUAAAAUGAAGAAGCGGAUACACUUUGGGAUUCUUCUAGUUUACUCUGUAGUCUCGUUUUUCUCGUCCAGCUCGGCGUUUUAUCUUCCGGGUUUAGCCCCAGUGAGUUUUUGUGAAGACGGCAAAGGUGGUGAAGAUUGUCAGGUAUGGGAUUUCAUGAGAUUUACAAUAUGUGUGGGAUAUAGUGUAUUUUGUUUUCGAAGUGGAAUUUGCAUAUUCAAUUCAGUGUACUAGCUUUUCAAAUAUUUUAAGCUGGACAGUCUUCUCCUUAGGCCCCGACUACUACAUGGGACCAGAGUUCUGCUAUAACUGAGGAAUGUUUACUUUAAUACUCUCCGUCAUUCCUAAACACAGAUAUUAACACCUAAAUGACCCAGAUCUUACUAAAAGUUGAUUUAUUGCUUUGAUACAAUACAAAUAUAUCCCCAUUUGUUCAACUAGCCACAGUUCAGUUCAUGUUUCUUGGCAAAGACAAGGUAAGUCUUGACUGUCGAGUUUCAAUGGAGUUUGGUGACAGCUAUGUAUUUCCUUACUUGUUAACAUGAGAUAUAUAGACGGCCCGCACCCUCUUCAGUGCUUGUCCAGCAAAUUAAAAGGCUAACAAGGUUUUUCUUUCAACAUCUUUACAGACAGUGAUCGAGCUGUUUGUUAAUCGCUUGGACUCGGUGGAGUCAGUCCUGCCUUAUGAGUAUGAUGUGUAAGUAACUUGUAAUUUCCCUUUGAUACAACCUAUGUCAUAUGUUGAGAUUUAGCAUGUUUUGUUGCACACUAGUAUUUUCACUGAGUGUGAAUGUUUGUUAAUUUCUUAAAGGUUUGACUUCUGCAAAGACAUUAAGGAGAAAAGACCCUCUGAAAACCUGGGGCAGGUGCUGUUUGGUGAGAGAAUCGAGUCUUCCCCAUACAAGGUCGGUGUUUAUGAGGAAAAACUGGGCACACAUUGCGUUGAAGAUGUUAAACCACUUUUAGAUUCUAUUUCCGUGUUUAAUGUACUGAGACUAUGCAUUGUGACUCCUCUACCCUUAGUUCAACUUCAAACAAGAUGUGAAAUGUAAGGCCGUGUGCACGAAGACCUACAGGAAAGGCAACCAGGAUGACUCCGCCAAACUGGAUUUUCUUAAAAUGGGAAUGCAGCUCAACUAUCAGCAUCACUGGUUAGACAACUGAUGAACUAGUCUGACUGCAUUACCUGCUAACAACCACACAUGCACAUUAAAGUCAUUAAGAGGCUUGUGAUAAUUAAAAUAACAUAAAUACUUUUGUCCCAGGAUUAUUGACAACAUGCCAGUGACAUGGUGCUAUGAUGUGGAAGAUGGACAGAAAUACUGCAACCCAGGCUUUCCCAUUGGCUGCCUCGUUACGGCAGAUGGCAGAGCUAAAGAUGCUUGUGUAAUUAAUGUAAGUUGUUUAUUCUGUGAAUUAAUAUGUUCUUCUCUUGGCAUUAAGUCUUACAUAAUCACCUGUUAUCCAGGAUUCAUACCAACAGUGUUUCAGAAGGAUAAACUUAUGAUAGAUAUUUAUUUAUCUGUAUUAAUAGAGCACAUAAUGUCCUUGAACACAAAAGUAGUCUUCAAGUUUACAAACAACUGUCAUUAUAAGUCCCAACCAGUACCCUUGAAUACUGUCUUUGGGUACCCUUAUUAUGUCUUUGAUGUAAUUGUUGUAAAUGCAAAGUCUGAAGUCGUUAAUUAGAUUGUAAAAGAUACUCACAAAUGUUUAUCUACAGAUUGUUCUCAGUGGAGUUUCAGCACUAAACAAUAACUUUUUUUUUUUUCAGUCUGAGUUCAACAAGAAGAACACAUUUUACGUCUUCAACCAUGUAGACAUCAAGAUCAUUUACCACAGUGGAGAGUCAGAGGGCUGGAGAGGGGCUCGACUAGUCGCUGCCACUCUGGAGCCAAAGAGGUAAUUGUGGCUGAUGGUAGAGAGAUGCUUCUUAAUUUGGAUUUUAGUCUACUACUGAGUAUUCUGGGAUUGAGUUUAAUUUUACAACCCAAAACCAACAACAGAUCUGUUAAUAAUGUGACUCAAAUGUGCUCAACAGCAUCAAACAUGCGGAUGAGACAAACCCAAGUUGUGAAGGAGGCAGCCCAAUGGAGGUUCCUGGGGAGUUUGACAAUGAUGUUUCAGUCAUUUACACCUACUCUGUCAGUUUUGAGGUAGAUCUCUAAACAUUUUGACCAAUUUUAUGUAUGUUGCAGUGAGUAAUUUUUUAUGUACACAACAGUUUUUACAGUCAUUUACUCCCUUGAACAGGAAAACAAUUCCAUCAAGUGGGCUUCUAGGUGGGACUACAUCUUGGUGUCCAUGCCUCACACAAACAUCCAGUGGUUCAGGUAGGAAGAUGAUCUCCAAAAGGUUAACCACAUUAACACUGGGUGUUGUGGUUUGUUAACUUUUGUCUUAUUUCUGUUCAGCAUCAUGAACUCUUUGGUCAUCGUCCUCUUCCUGUCGGGCAUGGUCGCCAUGAUCAUGCUGAGAACCCUGCACAAGGACAUUGCCAGAUACAACCAAGUGGACCAGGUAAGAAAAAAUCUCUUCCAGUUGGUGUUUAUCCACAUGUGAACGUAUGUCACAUGAACAUUCCGGAAGGAGUAAAGAGUCCUGUAAAUAAAACAGAAUAAGCAAACUUAAAUGAUACAGAAGGUGCUUAAACAGUUCUUGCAAGUCAGGUUUAUUUCCUGCUGGGCACCAUGUUGUUCCCAUUCAAAUGAGCUAUUCAAAGCAGCUGGUACCAUUUCAGUGAAAACCACCUUCAGAGAGGAGCAGUAGAUUUUCAUUGAGGAAGAAAGGUGGUUGUAAGUGUUUGGUACAUUUUUUUGUGAAUAAUAAUCCUGACCAUACCUAAGUAUUUAAAUGUUACUCAAACAUAUUGUAAUACUUAAAGUAUUUUCAGAUCAUUUUUGAAUGGCUGGUGCUCUUGUAUGAUGCCUCCAGCAUAUUGGGUUCACAGCACCCAGAACUGUAAAUAUUUUGUCACAUUUUACAGGCAGACUUGAUAAAGAUUCCCCCGACCAAGGAAAAAACCUCAGUACCCUAUGUAAGCGUGUCCAAAGCUUUUCAAGGGAAACGUGUUGCAGUUUGUGAAUCAGGUGUUGGGUGUGUGAUUGCCUCAAGCAGGCACAUUAGAACAGAAAGUAAAAUGUGGUGUGGUUAUUUCCGUUAACGUUUUAUGGUCUAAUGUGCAAGUUCAAAGAAUCUCCUCUCACAAAAUGGCCGGAAGUUCUCACACCAAAUUUUACAGCUUUUGGCAGACAAAGUUUUCUUCACUUGUUUCGCUUCACUGCCACACAUAAACAAGGGAGGUAUUAUUCACUGCUUGGUGACUGGUUAACCUUUCACUUUUAUCACUUGUGUAAGUCCAGUACUUCCUUGAUUGUGACUGUUGACGUGUUGCUGUCUGUCUUGUUCCCAGGAGGAUGCACAAGAGGAGUCAGGGUGGAAACAGGUGCAUGGAGAUGUUUUCCGGCCUCCCAGGAAAGGCAUGUUGCUGUCUGUGUUCCUUGGACAGGGCACCCAGAUCUUCAUCAUGACCUUCAUCACUCUUUGUAAGGGCUAUUCACAUAUAAGUUUCACUAAAGUUAUAACAUUUGUUGACAGUGUGAAGUCGUGAUACAGGAAUAGGAUUGAAGACUCAAGUUACAUUUUAGUAAUAGGUGUGCAGAUCUAAUGCUUGUUCCUCCACUGCAGUCUUGGCCUGUCUCGGUUUCCUGUCGCCCGCCAACAGAGGGGCUCUCAUGACAUGCGCUGUGGUUCUCUGGGUGCUGCUGGGAACACCUGCUGGUUAUGUAUCUGCUCGUCUCUACAAAAGUAAGAGUCCAGGAAGAAAAAAGAGUUGCAGUCAACACUGACUGUGUCACCAUCUGUUCACUUUUUCUUACCAUGAUUGCCUCAUCGUUCUCUGUUUUGCUUCUCAGCUUUCGGAGGUGAAAAAUGGAAGACAAACGUGUUGCUGACAGCACUCUUGUGCCCAGGGUCAGUUUAAUUCCUGCAUUUCAUUUGGUUUUGUUUAUUUUUACGAUUUUUGUGCCACAUUUCUGUUUGCUGAAGUUUCCCCGGUAUACAUUCUCAUAUUUUUCCUUUUGUUCCCUUCUCAUUGACCUUUGUCUACCUCUUUUCUAUAGAAUUGUGUUUGCAGACUUCUUCCUGAUGAACCUGAUCCUCUGGGUGGAGGGCUCCUCAGCAGCAAUCCCCUUUGGCACUCUGGUGGCCAUUCUGGCUAUGUGGUUUGGAAUUUCUGUGCCCCUCACCUUUGUUGGGGCCUACUUUGGAUUCAAGAAGGCGGUGAGUCAGAUUUUCAGGGUUUUUUUUCCUCUUAAAUGUUUCGACACUCAAAUAUUUGAUUGCUGUGUUUGUGUUCAGGAGUUUAAAAUCAUCCCCUCCCUUUCUUAUCCUACUCAGGCUAUUGAGCAACCAGUUCGAACGAACCAGAUUCCCCGUCAAAUUCCUGAGCAGUCGUUCUUCACAAAGCCCAUCCCUGGUAUUGUCAUGGGUGGCAUCCUACCAUUCGGUUGCAUCUUCAUUCAGCUUUUCUUCAUCCUCAACAGCAUCUGGUAAGACGCGGACAUUGCUGCCUUUCCAGUUUUGCUUGCCUGUCUGGUUUGGAACAACAUGUGCCCUUGGUGUCAAAAAGGAAUAUUAGUUCAUCACCGUGUUUACUUUGACUCUGCUUCAGGUCUCAUCAGAUGUACUAUAUGUUUGGAUUCCUGUUCCUGGUUUUCAUUAUUCUACUCAUCACCUGCUCUGAGGCCACAAUUCUGCUCUGCUACUUCCACCUCUGUGCUGAGGUACCUGAACGCAUGAAUGUUAUGUUUGUGGAAGAGUUGACAUCCAAAGUACUGUUCUCUACAUUUUGCUCCAAAGUAUAAACACACAUUGGUGUCUAACUUGUCCUCUUGUACAAUGUGUUUCCAGGACUACCAUUGGUGGUGGCGCUCCUUCCUGACCAGUGGCUUCACGGCAGUUUAUCUCUUUAUCUAUGCCGUGCAUUACUUUUUCUCCAAGCUGCAAAUAGUUGGAGCGGCCAGCACUAUUCUGUACUUUGGAUACACUAUGAUUAUGGUCCUCAUCUUCUUCCUCUUUACAGGUGAGCACUUGAGUUACACUUGAGCCUUUUUAAGCAGCCAAAGUGAUUUUUCUGCUCGUCUUUACACAGAGAUUGUAACUGAUAUCGCCCACUACUCACUAGGUAUAGAGCAGGGGUGUCAAACUCAACCACAACAAAGGCCAUAAUCUGGAUUUAAGUCUAACCUGAGGGCCCAACAGGGUCAACAUUUCACCAAAACUGUCAACCUCCUUUUCAAAUAUAACAAAAUCUGCAAUGAUUAUAAACCACUUGGAAAUUCAAGAAGUAAAAAAGAUCAAUUUAAAGGGCAGUGUGAGAUUUAAAAAAAUAUCCAACAGGUUUGUUCGAAAGAUCAGAACACGAUAUUAAAAAUAGAGAAAAUACAUGAGAAAAUAAUUAAAGUUUUAAGUUUGAAAGGUCAAAAUAUGAGAUCAUUUUCAAGAGUUUAAAGUCAAAAUAUGACUUUAAAUUUAAAAUUGGAAUCUAAAGGAUUAAAAUGAGUUAAAAAAAAAAAAAAAACAAAGCACAAAAUAAAAAGUCAAAUCAUGUGUGACUUUUAAUCUUGAGAUGCAAAAUUGGAAAUAUGGAUAAAACACAUUUUUUUCCCCCACAUUCUUGACUAUUUAUCAAGUCUUCCUUACUCUUUACUUUCCCUGAUUUUCAUGGUUUAUUAGGAUAUUUUAAAAAAUGGUGCUAAAGUUUACAUUGUUAUCCUGGAGGAAAUCUGCAAACUUCAUACUGGUGGGCCAGUAAUAAUACAAAUAUGAUAUGAUCUCGAGGGCCAGAUAUAAUUGUUCCACAGGCCAGAUUUUGCCCCCGGACCUUGAGUUUGACACCUGUGGUAUUGAGGAUAUGCCAUUUAGUAGUGCUGUCCGAACGACGAGUGACAGUUAUUUAAACCUUAAAUGGCGCCCUCAUUUUUUUUUCUCCGCAGUACAUUGUCAGUCUAGUUCUGAUUAUUCUUCCUAACAAAGGAUUUUCAAGGUAGCCAUUUUAGUUUGACCUCAUGAUGGUGAUAGAAGACCGUAGACUGAGAGAAAUUUUAAGUAUUAUUGUAUCUAAAAAAUCCUUUAUUAAUUUAUAUUUGAGGAGAAAAGUUUUGUAUGAUACUUGUUGUCGCUGAAAUCCAUGUUGGACUUCUGUAUGAAAUGUGAGACAGCAAUAGUUUCAUUAUUCUUCACCCAGUAAGACCACAAGCAUUGUCGGAUGUGUUUAAUUCUGCUCACUCUUGAGCCCUCUAUACAGUCCACUACAUUCAACUCACCAUGUAAGGUGCAGUGAAUGGGUUUGUGAUAUUAGACACAGCCUAUCACUUCUUAGUUUGCUGCUUCAUUGUUAGGGUCACUUUGUGUCAGAUUCAUCAUGUCAUCUACAGUUAUUGUCUGUUUGACAGAAGAGGGUGUGUGUCAUGAUGGAGUGUACAAUGUAAGCUCUGUUUGCUUUGCACGGUUAUUAAAAGGUGACGCCUCGCUCCGCCAGCCACACUCUUCAGUGAAGAUUCAGGACCUUUAUCCUGGUCAGGUGACAUAAAAUACCAGGAUGCAGUCCAAACUAUUUAGUCAAACCCAAACCUUGGCUUUUGUGUUUGCGGCUUGGCAGCAAGGAAGCCGAGUGCUGAAUGGAGUUAAGGAGCGUUUAUAUGCAGGGGCUUCAUUUGAACUGUUGUUGUUUAAAGUUUAAUGGGAAUCAGAGACACAGAGGGAAAUGGGACUAGAAUAUUCAAAGUCCUUCUUGGUCAGAUCUAGUUUUGCUGACUGAUUUGGGUCAUUUUUGUUGUGGAGGUUUUCCCUUUGGCAAGCCAGAGUCUGGAUUAUUGGGAAUUCCUUUUUCUUUCCUUUUUUUUUCUCUGUAGAUCAAAAGCAAGACAAAACUCAUUCACUCAUUGCUCUAGUUCAUUUGUAAUCAGGAUACUUUACCGUCUUUUUUCUCAGGUUUAGAAUUCAGCCGCUGUCGUAGUGGGAUUGAGCAUAUCUAAGUAGCACAAGCUUUAAAAUAGCAAAGAUGAACAGAACAUUGUGACCACGAGAUUGACACAUGUUGACAUGGCAACAGCACUCCCUGGCCAUGUCCAGCUCUCCUGCGCAAACCCAUUUAUGUAGGACUAGCAGUGUGUGGUGUAAGUGUGGAGAAAAGUCCUGUUGCAGAGCUCGAUUAACAGCCUAAGCUUUAACGUCCUCCAGAAAGCCUCUGCUGAUGCGAUGUCGGAUGAUGAGACUUUUUCUGGUGUUUUACUGUCAUAAGUACAGAUAAAAGUUAGCCCACAGUCCUGCUUGACACUAUCUUAAAACAGAGCUGUAAGUAGCAAGGGGGGGAGAUGUCAAAAGAUUAUCACUUUGAAAUAAUCCACGCAUCCACAGAAAAGACGAUCAGUUUCCCUCCUUACUUCCAGUUUGGAUCUAAAUAAUCCUAAUCUCUUUCCUUCCAAAUUUGAAAUGUUUUAUUUCCUUGUCUGUAUUUUUUUUCUUCUUCAUUUUUAUCUCAACUCUUAUGACAACUUAUUUCUGGAUUGGCCCCCUACUGAGCAGUCAGAUAGGGCGGUUAUAUUCUCAAGACGUGAUCCUGGGAUUUGACCAGUCUGUUUCUUGAUAUUAGGGGAAAUGCUCUCUUCCUCUCUCUCUCUGACAAAAUAAAGUGCUGAUACAGGAGUUUCUAAGUUCUUUUUCUAAGUUUUUAACAAGUGUGCUUUAAAGGUUCACACUGAGGCUCUGUAUUUGUACUUUCUCAUUUAUUUUUAUCAUUUUUUUCUGAUAUUUCUAUGUUGUAUAAAAACACUUUUAAAUCCAUCCUUCUUACUUGUCUUCUCUCACCAGGUACGAUUGGCUUCUUCGCCUGCUUCUGGUUUGUAAAUAAGAUCUACAGCGUGGUCAAGGUGGACUAGAGGACCAAGAGAGUCUGACUCCUUGCUGCCACAGUACUGGCCCACCUCGGAGCUGGCUGUGUGAUAAAAUGGUCCAAACGGACCUGAACUGAAACCAUCACUUAUCAUAGAAAAGACCCGAAGAGCAGAGCCCGUCCUCUUUUGUGCUUUAAACUUAUGUUGCUGUUUUCUUUUUAAAAAUAUAUAAAAUUGUGUUCACCGUCGAGCAGUAAUAUUUUGAGCGGCUCCUCAAAAAAAUCAGUGUGGGUUCCAAUGGUCUAGUUGUCAUCGUGAGCAGUUUGUUUGGGUGGGUUUAACAAGAAAAGCUGAAAUGUUUUAUUUAAAUUUUCUAAAUACAGUCAAAUGUUCUGUAUUUUGCUUUUCUAUUCCCUCAUGGCUUAAUGUUUUGUUUUUGGUUUCACGUACUGAUGAUGAAAAAGAUGUGUGUACAUAUACUGUAUAGAUGAAAGUGCGCGAGAGAAUGCUACUUAAAGAUUGUCACCAUAAUGAAUCCUUCUGUAGUUCUUGCUUUCUUUCUUUUUUGUACAGCGAACGUGGGGCGAUUAACCCUUGAAUAUCAGUUCAGAGAUUAUGUAGUUUGUAGUUAUGAAGUUCUAGAAAACACUGAGAUUGCUAUGAUAAUAGAUCAAUUGUUUUGUAUAUGAUGGUUGGCUACAUCAAAGCUAACAGGGUACCCAUCUGUAUCACAGAAAAUACCACAGUCACAAGUGUGUUAUACAUGAAGAAGAAUAUUUUAGUGGCAUGCCUGAUUUGUUUGGCAACAGGAGAGACUUUCACCUUGUAGUGCCCAUCAAUAAAUCAUUUUAAUACA